UAUUGUAUUAAAUGUGGUAUUCAUGACAUUUAUAAGGUUCUCCAUUUUCUUUAUGACAAACUUUGUGACUCAAACUGUUUUAUUUCCACAGGCUUGUCUCAUCUGACCCUGGACCCUAACACAGCACAUCCUAAACUUAUCUUAUCUGAGGACCUGACCAGUCUGAAAUAUGGUGACAUUAGACAGCCGCUCCCUGAGAACCCUAAGAGAUUUGAUACCUGUGUCAGUGUGCUGGGAUCUCAGGGAUUCACAAUGGGGAGGCACUACUGGGAAGUGGUUGUUGGUAACAAGUCAAAGUGGGAUGUGGGUGUCACAACAGAGUCCAGCAACAGAAAGGGGAUCAUCACAGUGUGCCCUGAGAAUGGAUACUGGGUUCUGUUGCUGAGGAAUGAGAAUGAGUACGAGGCAUGUGACUCAACAUCCAAGCGUCUAACCCUCACUGUGAAACCCCACAGGAUCGGGGUGUACCUGGACUAUGAGGGGGGACAGGUGUCAUUAUAUAAUGCUGAUAACAUGUCCCACAUUUACACCUUCACUGACACCUUCACUGAGAGGUUGUAUCCUUACUUCUCCCCUUGUCUUAGUGAUGAGGGUAAAAAUGCAGAGCCGCUAAAGCUGUUUCACCUGAAAUUAUAAGUGAUUGCUCACAUUAAGAGUUACCAGCAUGGCAACUGCUACAGUAUUUUAGUGCCUUUACAGUACAUUUUCAGCCAUUGUAUACAAAAGAAAAAUAAUUUAUUAUUGUAGAUCUGUUUGAAUAAUAGUAUUUACAUUCUAGAAGUUAAGAUAAGAUUGGUGCCCUAUUGUAAGUUCACAAAUUGAUACUGCAAAUCCCAAAACUCAAAAACUUUAAAUGCUAUUAAGUACAAGUAAUAUUGAACUGCACAAGUUGAUGUUACACAUUUAAUGCAUUGUUUACAGGAGGUGAUCCUCCCUACAUCUAUAAUGUUGGGCAGCUGUGUCCCCACAAUCCCUUUUUUUAUAUAGUAACUUUGAAACUAAUUUUGCACUUAGUGUAUCUGUUUCCAUAACUGCUGUUAACUUUCUGCAGUUACAGGUAUUACACUUAACAUACUCAGACUUACAAUAGGAAACUGAUAAAGGAUACCUGUGGAUAAUUAGACAGUUAGAUAAAGUAGGGUUAUGUAACCACUUCCUUCUAAAUAAAUGUUAAUAUUGUCACAUCACAAGAGAUUAAACAAUGUUACUUAACUCGGAAAAUAAUUAUAUUAUAACUUGAAGUGAAGCUUUGAAAAUAAAAAGAAUGAGAGUCUUGAUA